GUCAUGACAGUUGCCGAAGUGGUGCCGAACUCCUGCCGAGCCACGUGCGGUUCCAUAACAUCGGCCAAUGGUGACGUCAUCACUUUGCUACCAGUACCCGCUGCUCCUGUUAUGAAUGUGUUGAGAAUGAACGUUCGUUCUGCAACGUUUGUAUGCCUUCUUCCAGGAGCUGAUACCACUUCAACGAUCUCAGCAUCUCCAACCCAAGCCUCAUCAACUCUAACCACUCUGCCAUCCCCAUCAAGUCCUAAGAGCCUCUCAUUAACUAAAACAAUCCAAUCAUCUAAAAAAAUCACAUCAGUCUCGACAACGCCGUCAACACCAUCAUCAGGAAAUACAUCAAUAUCUGCACCCUUAUUAACCAUGUCAGCAUUAACAUCAACAGCCGCAACUCAUACUUCAUUAACUACAACAACACAACCGACCCUUACAACAAAAACGUCGGCGCUUUCAUCAUUUACAUCAAUCGCGUCAUCUUCAGCGACGUCCUCAACAGCUUCAGGAACACCAACAACCUUAUCAACUAUAUCAACAUCAACAAAUCCAUUGACACCCACAACUCCGACGAAGUCUUGCGCCGAAUCCUGGUCGUACUAUGACGGGUGGUGCUAUGCCUAUUUCCGGGAUCCAGUCAAUUUUGCCACCGCCUUGUGGACGUGUCGGACGAUUGCGGGUUUGGAAGCCGAUUUGGUCUCAAUACACAGUGCCGCUGAGAAUGCGUUCGUCUAUGACUUAUGGGUGAGCUUGGAGGAAUACAUUGGUGCUUUCUUAUGGAUUGGAUAUCAUAAACCGACGAAUGCGCCUCUGGAACAACCCUUCGUUUGGACCGACGGGUCACCGGAUGAUUACGACUUGUGGGGACCAACGCAGCCCGACAAUAUUGGAGGAAUCGAAAACUGCGUGUCUUUCUGGGGUGCCGAAGGUGACCCGGUGAAGCUUUGGCACGACGUGCCGUGUGAUACUAUCGCUGCCCCCUUCGUCUGCAAGGCAGCUAUCUAAAUAAUUUAUUUGGAUCUGUUAAAUCUGUAAUUUGCCCACCAUCCCCAGUAAGGAUAGCCAACGUAGUUCAAUGGAACAGCCGAUGGCGCAGGGACUGAAGCUUUUGGUUCCACUAAAGCUUUUCAGGUAGACCUACAUGAAAGUCAGAAAUUGAGAUGUAAUUAGAGAUAGCAUAGGAGUGAUAGGACCUACAUAAGUCUGACACCAGACUUUUUGAGAAACAAAAGAAUUCGUUGUAAUGUAGAGCUGCAGUUAGCAUUGUCGCUUUUGGGGUACUUCACCCGAACAGUCUUUCCCCAGUGAACAGCAGACGUUUCUCGGUUUGAUCAGGAUAGUUGAAAUGAGAUCAGUAGACCUGCAAUAUGUAGG